UUGGCUAACGCAACAAUGGUUCUUACCAAUCUGAACCCUCCAUUGUUUUAGCAUUCCAAGAAAAUAAAAAAAUACUAAUUUCUUCCUUAUUUAAUAAGCCCAUUGCCUUCAUUAACAAUUUUCACAGGGAAGUCCCUCUUUGUCACCUCUGUCUUUUAAUUUUUCACCAUCCAAAUCUUGAAUUAAUCUUUUGCCAUCACAUCCAUGGAUGAACAAGCAAAAAUUAGUGAAAAUGCUGUUGGCAUUGAAGAUGUUGGUGAUAAUUUUAUUGAAUUCAAUAGCAAAGAGCACAAAAAAUCACCAAAUUUUGUGAUGUAUUCUUUGCUACUUGGAGCUGAAAAGGUCUUAAUGCGUCGAAAAUCUCAACGAGCAUUUUCAAGCGAUAGCUUAAGCUCAUGGACCAAUGAGGUGAGCGCUCGCGAAAAAAAGAGAAACAAAGGCAAAUCAGUCCUUAUGGACGAGACAUUUUCAUGUGGAACCUCUAGGGACACUACAAUGGAGUCAAGUAAACAACAUUUUGGUAACGAGCUAUCGUUCAAUUUUACUGGAUUUUUAGCACUAAUGAUGCUAAAACUUUUCGGGAUUCAAAUGAGUCUAUUGGUAAAACUUUUCACAUUCCCAAUUUUCCUGAUGAAUUUUUGGAUAAUGGUAUUGACAUUACCAUUUAAUACACUAACAUUAGCUAAAAAGAACUUUAAAAAGCAACUAAUGAAUAUUGGUACAAAAUCUUGGUUGACAAUAAUGUCAUUUGUAUUCAGCCAAAUUAAGGCCCAAAAAUCUUUGUUAAAGUUGACAGUAAGAUUCUGCUGGGCUUUGUUUUGGGCUGCAUAUGUUUGUUUUGUGCUAGUUGGGCUGUUGGUUAUGGGCUUUGUGGUUAGUGGGCUUACUAUGAGACAUUUGUUGGAAGAACCAAUUGAGUCUACAAAGGCCUUGAAUUUUGAUUACACAAAAACUAGCCCAGUUGCUUUUGCACCACUUGGUCCUGAUGGGCUUUCUACUCCAUUGAUUUCAAAGCCCAUUAUUGAAGACAGGCCCAUACCAUAUAAUCACAAGUUGCAGCUUACUGUUUCAUUAACUUUGCCUGAAUCUGAGUACAACAGGAAGCUUGGGAUUUUCCAGGUAAGGGUGGACUGCUUAUCAGCAAAUGGCAAAGUGACAGCAACCUCAAGUUAUCCAACCAUGUUGAAGUUCAAAAGCCAACCAAUCAGAUUAGUAGAAACAGCAAUAAAAUCAAUUCCACUAGUCACUGGUUUUCAAUACGAAGUACAAAACCUUAAACUCGUCAUAAAUGAUUUCACAGAAGGUUUUGAACCAACAGAAUGUUUUAAGGUUGUUAUUGAAAAAAGAGCUGAGUAUCAACCACAAGGUGCAGGUAUACCAGAAAUUUAUGCAGCAACAUUACAUGUCGAAACGGAGUUGCCACAAAUUAAAAGAAUUAUUUGGAUUUGGAGAAGAACUGUUUUUGUGUGGAUUGGGAUUUUGGUGUUUCUGAGUCAACUAAGUUUUGCUUUGAUAUUUUGCCGGAGUGUGAUUCUGCCGGGGAGAAGGUUUAUGGCUGUUAUCGGUGCUAAGAAAAAUGUCCAGAAGAAUAAAAUUUCAUGGUAAGCGCAGAUCUUAUCAUCUAUCGGAAACAGCCAGCUCUGAUAAAAUUUGCGCACAUCAUACCCUCAUAUUUUGGGCACGUUGUUGUUGUUGUUGCUGUUGGUAAGCAGAUCUUAUUGGACGUUAUUAGUAGUAUAAUUUAUUAUUCAAGAAAUGCAUGUAGCAUCUUGAUAUUAUUAGGCUUAUUGUUGUUGUUGCAUCUCCUUGUGUUUCUUGUUGUCAAGGAUGAAUGAUAAUAUUGUAGCAGACUUAAAAUAAAUAUAUGAAUGUUCUUAAUAGUUUAA